AUGCCACCCAAGACAGGGGCAGCUGCGGCAGGCCGCAGGCAGAAAGAUAAAGACAAGAAGGGUGGUGCAGGAGCCGCGGACCCGGUCGAGGAGCUGCGCAACAUGGAGGGCAUCCAUGAGGUUCUUGCCAAGGCGCAGCAGCUGCGCAACUACUUUCAGGCAGAGCGCGAUAAGGUGAACAGCAUGUGGGACAUCACCAAGAAGGAGUUAGAGAACAAACAGUUCGGCCUGCAGAACGCCGAAAGCGAGCUGGAGGAGCUGGAACGCGAGCAUCAAGUGGAGAUGAAGGUCUACCAGCAGAAGGUACGUCAUCUCCUGUACGACCAGAAGGUUGCUGUGAAGCAGCUGCGCGACGAGAGCGACGCGGUACUGCGGCAGGCCGAGGCUGCGCAUAGGCAGCGGAUGCACCAGCUUGAGGUGGAACGACAGCAGCGCAUGGCUGGCAUGCAGUCUGCCCGUGAGACACAGGAAAGUCGGAUCGUGGAUCAGCGUGAUGGGCACCAGUACAUGCUCACGGUCACGAAGCGUCGCAACCACGAGAAGGAGCUGGCACGACUGCAGGCCUCGUACGAGGCGAAGCUGAGUACGCUGCAUGAAGACUUGGAGCUUCGGCGCCGGGCCGAGGUUCAGGAUGCGGAGGAGCGAUACCACCUCCACAUCAACCAUCUUAUCCAGCAGCACGAGGACAAGUUUAAUGAGAUGAAGACUUACUACAACAACAUCACGCGCAACAACCUUGAAAUCAUUCAGUCCCUCAAGGACGAGAUCGCCACCAUGAGACAAAACGACGAGCACAACGAGGGACUGAUGUUGGAGAUUGAGAAGGAGAACGAGAACCUCGCAGCACCGCUGGAGCAGUUAGAGGCGGAGGUGGCGGGGCUUCAAUUCAAGAAGCAGCAGCACAUUCAGGAUAAGCAAAACCUGCGUAGCUCCCGUAGCCGAUACAAGGUGCUUCAGCAACAGCUAUGCACGCUGCGACAGGAGAAGGAGAUGCUGGAGGAUCAGUACAAGAGUGUCUACGACGAGCGCGAGGACCUGCGCACGAAGUUCGAGUUCGCCUUGCGGGAGGCGAUGGAUGUCGUAGCCGAGCGCAACAACUCGCUGCAGCAGGACCUGAUCGAGGCGCACGCGCGGCUGGAACAGCGCGACGCACAGCUGGAGGGCGUUCUGCGCGCCAUGAACCUGGAGCCAGCCGCAAUGGAGCUCAUCUCAGACGAGAUUGAUAUGGAGGUGCAGAAGAAGAAUCAGACCAUCAAGGACCUGCACUUCGAGAUGCGCCGGCUGGAGAAGAAGAUGCACGCCAUAGUCGAGGAGUACGAGCGCCGCUGUUGUGCGGUGGGCAUACCACCGCUAGACCGUGCGAGCGUCGUGCAAGUCUAG